AUGGCUUUCCUACACAACGAAUCCCAUUCAGGAAUCAGAAAUAUGAUGGCUGAGACGAUGACACCAUCCACAUGCACUGGGGCCUUUUCAGUCAACAGAAUCAACCAGGGAUCAUACUCACUGUGUUUGGAGUAUGUCUCUUUGGAGGUGAAGAUAGAGCUAGCUAGCUAACGUUAGCUCUUUUUUCAAAAUGUAAUUUGACUGGUGUGGAAAAAACGAUUGAACCAGUGUGUGCCAAGUGGGUAGUCACUAGUGCACAGCCCAGAACUAAAGAUAAUCGAUCAAUGUUAACCAUAUCAGUGCAUACAGUUAAACCACAGAUAGAACAAUGAGCCAGAUGUUUCACAGAAUGUAUAAAUCCUUUCCACUCACCACCAAAUAUGGUGAUGAGAGGAAGAUCAGUGACCGGCAGUGGGAGAAGAUGGAGCGAGAUAGAUUUUGUCCGACAUUCUGCUCAUUUUCUUAUCGAUUAAACAUUUGAUCUCAAUACAGUUUUCUGUUCCCAAAACUACAAUCUGUUACGAACAGAGUGGACUAAGAUUUGCAAUCUUUACCAUUUGCCAAAGUUUUUAAAAAUUGCAUUGUUCAGAAGGAAUGCAUGGGUGAAUUGAGUUAUUGCACACGCGCACUUCACAGAGUAGGCACUCCCUAACAGAAAUAUGCAAAUACAUGCUAGAACACACCAACAGGAUCUCGCUAGCUCAUGCUUGACUCUGCCCACCUCCUUGCUUGUUCUGCCCACUAUGAUUAAUUUGCUCCCAUUGGAAAUGACAGGCUGUGGUCUAUCUUGGGUUAGGUAUAAAAAUCUUUGGUUAUAUUCUACCCCAACAAUUACCUUUUUUUCUAGUUUCUACAGCUGUUGUUAGAAAUUCAGAACACUCUUGCAGGCUCUGGGGCUGCCAUGUACUGUUAGCCCUUUUUGGGAUGUUACUGGGAACACUCAGUUUCCAUUAUUGAGGUAUGGACCGAUCAGAUUUAUCACAUGAAUAUAACAUUAUCUAAUAUCGAAAAGUCUAAAUGUACUGUUGAGCAAAGUUGUGUUUGAUCAUUUUCUCUGUUCUACCAUAAGACCCCUAUAUGGUCCUUCCUCUAUGAACUAGCUACAGAUUCUUAUGUUAAACAUAUGCUAUAUAAUUAUCAGAAUGAUGAUACAUUUGCUGAUAUGGAUUAUUGUUGUUCAGGUCAGUUAUUACACAAAGGAGAUCGCAAACAUCAGCCCCAAACUGUUGAUUCACAAGUUUAGGCCAGUGUUGAUUUUCAGCUAG